AUGGAGUCCGACGCAGUUACCAGAUAUCGUUCGCGCAUUCUUAGGGAAAUGAACGCCAACCGCGAAAAUCCCUUCAAUUCCCCGCCUUCAUCCACCGGCAGAGCGAGCCCGACCCUGUCCUCCGUCUUUUCAGAUCCCGACGGCGAGUCCACACGUCUGCUGAACCAGGACAUUGCCCGCGUUACUGCCCCCAAGAAGCUGCCCAUCAACUGGGAGGCUGCUCACCGCAAAUGGCCCGAAUUCUACGCCCAGCCCAAGAAGAACAUUGCCGUCCUCGACGACCAGACAGACACCAAGCCGCUAAAUGACAUCUUACGCACUAAGAACGAAAGGAAGACGGCGCAAACCAUCCCCAAGUACAUUGACGAUACCACCGAGGACGCCUGGAACGGCUCCAAGAGAACGCGCUCCGAAAUGCAGCCCCGCGUCGACAACGAGCCUGACCUGCCGCAAGUUAUUUCACGCGCGCCCGUUAGGAAGCUCUCCAACUACGGCCUGACGAAAAGUGUCGUUCACAACCCCAGCCCUCUAUCCAGAGUACACGUCCAAUCACCGCCCAGAGAGCGGGCCAGUGAAAGGGAGCGACAAGCGUCUAUCGAAAAAGCCCUGGAGAUAUUGCGCAAGGCAUCUUCUACCCCUGGCGAUUUGAACCGACGAAUAUCAACCCACGACCAAAGCUCGCCCAUUCUCUCUUCUGCCAAAUCCAGCAUGACAGCUGUUCCUCCUUCACCCCCUCCCUUGAUGUCCAGCCCUGUACACGAGACACCGAAUGGCCGCUCAUUCUUCAUGCCAGACAUUUCGCAUCUUGAUGACUUUGUUACGGGCACUUUGAGAUUCAACGGAGCAAUGAAGGACGGCGUACCCAUUCUUGUUAAACACGGCCAAGUACACGACCAGAAGGAGAGGCCCUUUGGCGUGACACAUGCAGAAAUCGAUGGCAUCAAGAUUCCUGAAGAUGAAGAGAAGAUCUUUAUAUCAAUGGAUAUGAUCCGUGAAGAAAUCGUCUCUCUCCAGGAGCAUCAUGACAAGAUCCAAGACUAUGCCGGCAGCCUUCAGCACGAGGUGGAGAGACUCGAAGCUCAGCUUAGAUCAUCUCGCAAGGGUAUAAACGGAGAGCCUAACAUUUUUGGUGUCAGUGAGCAAGUUUUGUCUCAAAAGAAGGCUCUCGAAGCUGAAGUAGCCUCACUCCAGAAGCGACUGGAUCAGGCGACACAUCGAAUCAGCACAAGUGAUAUUGAAAACGAUACUUUGGCGCAAGAGCGAGACCGUGUCAUUAGCCGCCUGCAAGAGGCUUGCGAAGACAUCAACAAGUUGACUCGAAAGUUGAGCGUCAAAGAGAAAGAAUUAGAAACUACCCACAAGCAGCUGAAUUCAACCGGACAGGUGCGCCAUGACAAUGACACUCUACGCCGGGACGUUGCAGCCCUGAAGCAGGGUCGAAGCACCUUGCAACGCGAUAAUGCAUCGCUUCGGGCAGAAAUCGAUGAACUGCGGCGUGCACAGCAGACUUUCCUGAACGAAGCUCAGUCCUUGCGCUCUGACGGUAAUGGCCUUCGACAGGACCACCAAUCCCUUGUCAACGAGAAUAGGUCUUUGCGAGCCAACAACAAAACUCUGAUGGACGAGAAUGAGGAUCUCCGAGAGAAUCUGGACGUUAUCCAACACGAUCUUGAUGUCGCUCGCGAGGAGAUUGAAACGCUUAAACAACAAGUGCAAGUGAUGAGGCAGGAGAAGAUGACUCUUCGCGAAGACAACGAUAGCCUAGUCCGACACAACGACAAAUACUUCAACGAAAACAAGACUCUCCGCCGUGAGAACUCUGGUUUUGAGCGUAGCAUUCAUGAUUUGCAUGAGAAAAACAUUAAGCUGAGAGAUGAGCUUGAGGGAGUGAAGAAGCAAUUCGACCGCUACCGACCGUCCGGUAAGAACGAUUUCCCCACUCGGCACGAUGAAGAGACUGAAGAAAACAUGACUUCGGCUUUCUUUGUUCCCGACAUUACCCUCAAUAAAAAUGAUACCGGUCCAGCUGAUGCCACUGAAUCCAAAGACAUGCCGGAUCUACCAGAGUUGACAACGCAUACCGACGACCUCAUGACUGGGAGCAACGAAGCGCAGAGACGUGAGGCUGCCUCACACAGCGACAAGGCUGAUGCAAGACACCGAGCUAAGAGCAGCGUAAAGUCAUCGCCAUCGAAGAAUACUGGCACUGCUCAAAAGGUUGCUUUUGAUCUCCCCGACAAGGCGACCGGAAAGCCGCUGCAAGGAUCCAAGUCCACAGUAGCAAAUCAGGGGAGCAAACGCCGAAGCAGACUUUCCCUGGAUCCUUUUGGCGAUGAUGAUACGACAGGGAUGCUGUCUGUAGACAACACCACUCAGGACUUGGCCGUAUCCCUCAAUUUGACCGCAACGGACUACAAGGGUAGAGAGACGAAGCAGCCCCGAAGCCUGAAUACCGAGAAACCAGCUCCCAAGGUUGUGCACAUUGAUUCCAAAUCGCAGUCAUUUAAGAAGACAGCUAUGGCAACUGAGGCUGGCGUGCGGACUGUUAGGGUUGUUGAUAGAGAUGUUUGUCCCACAUUGUCGACUAAUGCUCGGCGAAUUCUGGACGACCUAUGUGGACAUAAUUGCCAAAAUUGCACGGUCUGCAGCCGCAUCACGUCUCAUUCUGGCGUCAUCUCCUCUGCCGAUCUGGCUGCCGGUAAGAAGCGCGUGUCGAUUCCGCGGCCCGUUCCCGUCAGUGAGCGUGGUGUGUCCGGCGGCGACCAUACAGUUCGACCAGCUCACUCCCCUGGCUAUGCCCUGGCUCUUGUAAUCAAGGGCUUAGAAGAUGAGUCGCAGCAUCUUCAGCUCGAACUGACGCGCCUUCAAGCCCGAUACAAUAGAAGUGACAAGUCCAUGGGCCGUCAGGAUAGACAGGAUCUGGCCGAAGCGAUUCGCGUGCUUUUGAAGCGUGUCGAGUCGAAGAGCGACCAGAUUUACAGCCUGUACGAUGUGCUCGAGGGGCAGAAGGCAGUCGGCCAGGAGAUGACGGAAGAAGAAGUGGAGAUGACAGUCUUGAACAUUACGGGCAUGACUGUACGAGACGCCACCAAUUUGAGUGACCAAAUGACAUGGGAGGGCAUGGUGGAGGCCUAA